AACUUUUUGAUGACUUUGCAAACCAGUCAACAAUUCAGCACAAAGGCAUCCAGAGUCACGCUGGCAUGUUGUGACAGAAUCGCACAAUUACAUGGGAUCCAUCCCAUUCUGAAAAUGCCUCGAACAGCGAACAGAACAGGUUUACUUUUUAUAAGUUACCUAAAAGACAAAACAAGGAAAGUGGAGAGACUGGAUUAGAGUACCUGUACCUAGACUCUACAACUAGAAGCUGGAGGAAGAGUGAGCAACUAAUGAAUGACACCAAGAGUGUUUUGGGAAGGACAUUACAACAGCUAUAUGAAGCAUAUGACUCUAAGAGUAACAACACAGCCUAUCUAAUAUACAAUGAUGGAGUCCCUAAACCUGUGAAUUACAGCCGAAAGUAUGGACACACCAAAGGUUUACUGCUGUGGAACAGAGUUCAAGGGUUCUGGCUGAUUCAUUCCAUCCCUCAGUUUCCUCCAAUUCCGGAAGAAGGCUAUGAUUAUCCACCCACAGGGAGACGAAAUGGACAAAGUGGCAUCUGCAUAACUUUCAAGUACAACCAGUAUGAGGCAAUAGAUUCUCAGCUCUUGGUCUGCAACCCCAACGUCUAUAGCUGUUCCAUCCCAGCCACCUUUCACCAGGAGCUCAUUCACAUGCCCCAGCUGUGCACCAGGGCCAGCUCAUCAGAGAUUCCUGGCAGGCUCCUCACCACACUUCAGUCAGCCCAGGGACAAAAAUUCCUCCAUUUUGCAAAGUCGGAUUCUUUUCUUGACGACAUCUUUGCAGCCUGGAUGGCUCAACGGCUGAAGACACACUUGUUAACAGAAACCUGGCAGCGAAAAAGACAAGAGCUUCCUUCAAACUGCUCCCUUCCUUACCAUGUCUACAAUAUAAAAGCAAUUAAAUUAUCACGACACUCUUAUUUCAGUUCUUAUCAGGAUCAUGCCAAGUGGUGUAUUUCCCAAAAGGGCACCAAAAAUCGCUGGACAUGUAUUGGAGACCUAAAUCGGAGUCCACACCAAGCCUUCAGAAGUGGAGGAUUCAUUUGUACCCAGAAUUGGCAAAUUUACCAAGCAUUUCAAGGAUUAGUAUUAUAUUAUGAAAGCUGUAAGUAAACUUGGUGAAAGGACACAGGUACUAUCAUUGAAAACCUUGACAAUGGGUCUUCUUCCAUUACACCUUCUUUAUAUUUUAAAGGCCUGUGAAUAUACUUAUAACCUGCAUAUCACAAAAUAAAACAUUUUUCUCUCAUGUUUACCAUUUAA